AUGCGCAAAGACAACUCCGCUCUGCAUGGGCUCGAGAUGCGCCGAAGUACGGUGAUUCUCGAUGGACUCUGUGAGGAGUCAAAGGCGCAAAGAGGUACUGAAAGCCACGGGAAUGACCCCAACGGGUCCUCAAUAGCGCAGCAGUCUUCGCAACGAUCACAAUUGAAUUAUGAGCGCUGGGAAAAUGACAGUCCGCCGCUCAAUUCCAGCAUUACCCUACCGUCGUCUCCCGGGGUACCCAAAAAUCUCGAAGAGCGGUCAACGUCGGACCUUGAGAAUCGACUUCAAGAACUAGCAACGGGAAGCCCUAAAAUCCUCAGCGCGUCGCAGAUAUUACGAAUAUUGAUUAGAGAUCGCCAUGUCCGGCCCGAAGUACGACACUACCGAGCGCUGAUUCUCGCCAACUCCGAUGCGGAACGCGGUUCUCCGGAAGUUGUUCGCCAGUUACUCUCGGAGAUGGAAAAGAAUGGGAUACCUGCAGAUUCCGGUACACUUCAUGCUGCAUUGCAGGUUCUCGCUGUUCAUCCUGAUUAUCUACUGCGUCAAGAAAUACUGCGCACCCUCCGAGAUCGAUGGCUGCCUCUUAGUCCCGCUGGCUGGCACUACGUGGUGGCCGGCCUCUUGAGAGAAAACCAAUUCGAACUCGCACUAGACCAUAUUGCGCACAUGGAGCGAAAGGAAAUCGUGGUCGAGAAUUGGCUACACAGUCUGUUAAUAUACAAUCUCUGCGACAUUGGGGAUUUCGACGAAGUUCUCCGGCAGAUGCGCAAGCGGACAAGUCAGGGUCAUGACAUGACGACGGAACUGUGGCUGUAUGUGUUGGAUGUGGCAGUCGCGGCAUCUCAUCUCGAAACUACUCGAUACAUAUGGACGCAAAUGGUGCAACUGGGGUACCUCCAUCCUUCGAAAGUCCUGUGUAGGGACACUCUGACGGUGGCGGCUGAAAAGGGCGACACUAAGCUCGCUUCUUUAGUGAUCCGGUUUCUUUCGGAAAGCGAUGUCCCUCUGAUCUUGCAGGAUUACGAGAAGACGGUAGAGGCCCACGUCAAGUCCGGCAAGCUCUCGUCGGCGUUUGAAAUUCUCUGUAAGAUGCACAAAGCCGGUAUCAAAUUGGAACACAGUUCGACCCGGGCCAUUUUCAACUACAUGGUUCAGACGAGGACUAGUCCACGGCAGGCAUGGGCUAUUCUCAAGAAGCUGAAGUCCUUGAAGUACCCGAUCCCGAUGGAAUGCGCGCAUGUGGUCAUCGAGCUUUGCGACUAUGAAUCCUUCAAUGACCCAUUUGCGGUUGAUGAAGGGAUCUCGCUUUAUCAGGAGCUCUAUACCUUAUGUCCAGGCAAAGCCGACGUUUCCAUCUACAACACGCUUAUAGGGAUGGCUCGCAGAGCAAAGAACAUUCAAGCCGGCAUGUUUGCGGUAAAGGAGAUGUCCUCGCUUGGGGUGAUCCCGAAUGACAAAACUUUUGAACACCUAAUCAUGAUGUGCUUAGAUGCUGGCAAUUUUGAAUCGGCGUACAGGUACUACCAGGAUUUGGUGGCGCGAGGGUUCCGUCCCGAUGCAUACACUCGCCAACAGAUCAAGAGCGUAUGCUCCGAGUCCAACGAUCAAUUUGCGAUUCGAUUGAGAAACGAUCCACAGAUGCAGGAUGACCCAACGGAGGAUCUCAUUGAGCGCCAUGAGGGAGCUUCAGACCAGUCGGUUUUCAUCAGAAAGAUAGGGUCCGAGACGCCUCCAAGAUAUGCAGACCGCUCCGAGCGUCGCAUGCGGGAGCCUCCCAUGCGGGUGCUUCUGUCAAAGGAAGCCCGUCGAGCGGCGAGCAAGGAGAGACGAAAGAGGAAGCGAAGACGCUUGGCGAUGGCCAAGGCCCAAGAAGAGGAGGGCUGGAUGGACUAUGAGCCAGGGGGCCUGGUGCCGGAAGAUCAGUUGAAGCCUGAUGAGACGCAAACCAGCUAG